AUGGCUAUGUUGCUACACUUGCGUCUCUCACACCAUAAAAAAAAUUCGAGUGUAUAUAAUGGUCAGCUGGAAAGGGAUCAGCAGUCAGUUCCUCUCGACAACACAACACACAACAUGAACACUAAUAUCCUGAUUGUGUUGGGCUUGGCAGCUGUGGUAGCAGCAGACAGCAGAGAAACCUUCUCUUACACUGCCCCUCGAAGAGUUUCUUCUGGUGAGUCUUACGAGUCUAGUGAGGCUCAGUACAACUUCAACUAUGCUGUGAAACACGACGACUCUGGCAACGACUUCGGUCACCAGGAGACCCGCGACGGUGACGACACCAAAGGGUCGUACUAUGUACAGCUUCCCGACGGUCGUCUGCAGACUGUGACUUAUUUAGUUGAUGGUGACUCAGGCUACUUGGCCGAUGUCAAGUACGAUGGUGAGGCUCGCUACCCAGACUCCCUCGAGUCCAGAGAGACUCCACGCUACGCCGCACCAAGACCUCGCUACUUCGACUCCAACGAGUCCAAGUAAUUACCUGUGUGUUCACCUACUGGCGUUCUGAACAUUUUCCUGACGACUUGACCACCUAAAAAUCUG